CAAAAACAACGGCACGGCAAGUUAAGGAACUGAAAAUUCUCAGUUCUUAACAUUAACUUAACUUUACCUGCUAAGUGCCUACCAGGCCACUAGGCACCAUGGGUGCUUUCGAGUGGCCAUGGGAAUAUUCGUUUCCCCCGUUUUUCACAGUGCAAGUUCAGCCAAACACCAAAGAACAGCAGCUUAACACUUGGAAGGAACUGGUGCUGAAUUAUCAGCGACACGAGCGGCAGGCGCUGCUCAACAUUGCCGAAGAUACCCCGUUGUUUUUCAAUAAGGAGCUGUCCCGUAAGCUUUCGCCAGAGGGCCGCCUAUGGGUGUUGGAGGAGCUAGAGAAAACGGGUCACGCUGCCCCGGUCGACAAGCGGAAGCAACAGUGGGAAGUCUACUGGCACACACUGGCCGAGUGGGCCAAUCUGCUGCACGACUGGGCCGUCGCCAACGGGAUGACGAACUCGGUGUGCACCAUUUAUGAGCUGGUGGCGGGCGACACCAGCGUCGGUGAGGAGUUUCACGGGCUCGAUCAGGGAGUUUUUAAAAAGAUACUGAAAACACUCGAAGCACGGGGACGCUGCGAGUUGAUUGCGUUCGACGACAACGAGGGAGUGAAAUUUUUCUGAGCGACGAAAGCGGCACCGGAACUGGAUCGGAAAUCAAACAAAUGCAACUGCAAUGUGAUGGCAACGCCAAUAAAACGCAACGGGCGAACUAACAU